AUGGUAUUAAGGCGACUGCCUAUAACGGUUGUUUAUGUUGUUGUAUCAUUAGGCGCCUUUGUGUCUGCGAAUAGAUCCUUUUCAUUUACAAGAUCAGCGCUGAAAAGCCGAAAAGAUGAGGUACAGAAGUUAAUUGAAUUUGGGAUAGACAGUUACCUAAAUUUUGGCUACCCUUACGAUGAAGUGAGACCUAUUUCAUGUGUGCCCAACACGAGAAACUAUGAGGAUCCUGAUGAUUUGGUCAAGAAUGACGUCUUGGGUAAUUUCACGACUACUUUAAUAGACUCCUUGAGCACUGUCGCAGUUAUUGGAGACAGGACGCGAUUUCACUACAUGGUCAAUCUUCUCAGAGAGACUUACUUACCUAAUAAUAUGACUUUUGAAAUUGACUCCACCGUUCAAGUGUUUGAAACAACCAUAAGGAUCGUUGGUGGGUUAAUCUCAGCACACCUUUACGCCACAGAUAGCAGGAAAAAGGUUUGGUUGGGGGAUGAUUAUACGGACUCCUUUCUGCUGUUGAUGGCGAAAGACAUGGCCGAUAGGCUAUUACCUGCAUACCUUACAGAGACGGGCCUCCCGGUGCCGCGUAUCAAUCUGAAAAAGGGGAUACAUGGUAUACCAUGGGAACAGAUAACGGAGAAUAACAUUGCUGGGAUGGCUUCGCCAAUGCUUGAAUUUACACUACUGUCAUAUCUGACAGGUGAUGAUAAAUACGCACAGGUGACACGCUAUGCAUUUGACAAAAUAUGGUCCAUGAGGUCUAACUUAGAUCUGUUACCUUGGUCCAUCAAUCCGAUAGACAAGACAUGCUAUGUCACAACCACUGGGAUUGGUGCCUCCAUCGAUUCGUUUUACGAAUACGCAUUGAAGGGUUCUGUUCUGUUUGAUGACCCGCAACUGUAUCAGAUAUGGCAUCAAUCCUCCAAUGCAUUGAGGAUAAAUUCGAGGUCGGACUGGUUCUACACGAAUGUCAAUACGGCCACUGGGUACACUAAUAUCGAAUGGAUUGACUCUCUAAGUGCAUUUUUCCCUGGGUUGGAGGUAUUAUCUGGAGAUCUCGACGACGCUAGGGAUAAACAUUUGAUGUUUAUGAAACUGUGGAACAAUUAUGGUGGCAUUCCUGAACGUUGGACGUUCCAAAGUGGCAUAAGCGGGUUAACUAUGGGCCCAGAGAUGUGUCUACCACUAGAAUGGUACCCAUUGAGACCUGAAUUUAUAGAGUCGACCUACUUCCUGUACAGGGCCACAAAGGAUCCUUUCUAUUUGAAUAUUGGUUAUAAAAUUUUGCACGAUUUCCAGACACGAUUUAAGCAAAGAUGUGGGUUUUCUGGUCUCCAGAAUAUCGCCACUGGUGAGAUGCAAGAUAGAAUGGAGACGUUUGUUAUAGGUGAGACAUUGAAGUAUUUGUACUUACUGUUUGACGAGGAUAACGAAUUACACAGCACAAGGGACAACGCAAUUUUUAGUACGGAGGCUCAUCCUGUAUGGCUCACUAACGAGGUCAAGCGCAACUACCGGGAAAAGCAUUAUUUCAACGAUUCGUUGUAUCUGACUCAUUUAGAGAAAUGCAAGAGUGGGGAAAGAAACGACAUCACAAGAGGGAACAGGAAUACAGAGAAUAGUUUAGAGUUGGUGUUCAGGAAGGAGGACCCUACUUUGCUUAGAGUUGUACCCACAAUCGGCAACUGCCCGAACACUGUAACACACAGGGACAGGGGCAUGUCCCUGCCACACUCAAAACUUUUAAGCUCAUACAAUCGGUUGUUUGAAAUAGACCAUCGUUACAACGAUACACUAAUUUCACCUUGGUACCUGCAAAAUGAAAUAGCUAUGGAGUUAGACCCACAAUUCUACGAAAUGUGGCAUGACCCGAGAUCCAGCGUGUCGAAACCGUACCCAACGACUCAAUCGUUUGACCUUAUUUUCGACUACGAGGGCCCCUACGUAUCCCCGCAGCGAUCCGUUGAUGGAUCGAUCUACCAUUUCACCAGUUUCCAAGGACGCCGUAAAUUCCGUCUCGAAAGACUGGAGGUGGACAAAAUAGACCACUAUGGCGGGACACGCUCCGCCCUAAGGUACCUGGAGACCGCAGACACAGUGGAUCUACACAGUGGUCGGUGCGGCAACUACGCUGCGUCUCUGUCACCACCGUUCGUGUAUCGUGUCACCGUAGUCGAUGGGUUCAACGUCCCACCAAAUGGCAAGGCGGUACUAAAAAGGAAAGACGUUCUGGACCGGUACAGCGAGAACCAGAAUAACGACCCGUUUCCCCAGAACAGCGACCCGCAGCGCAUGCUCGGCCUGGGCUACAACAAGAAGGGCCAACUAUUACUCAAUUGCAUCCCUCUAGUAAACGUCUACAUCCAGUAA